AGCCGUCAGCCGUCACUCUGUUCUCCUGCUGCUGCUCGGACCAGAGACACAACUAACAGGAGAUCAGGGGUCAGCCAACCUUCGAGAUGUUGCCUCAACACAUGAAGCAGAUCCGAGUCCUGGUGCUCAACGACAAGGAGAAUUUAGAGCGGACUCUGUUCAGGCUUGAUCAAGGGUUUGAGCUCUACCUCCAGCUUGGCCCCAGUCUUCAGGGGAGGACCGUUACAGUAUACACAAACUACCCACUUGAAGGACAGCCGUUUCAGCGUAAGAACUACCGUGUUUUGAAGUGGAACAACCCAACGGGAAGAGAGGAUGACUCUGAUAAGUUCUGCACUCUGGACCUGAAAGUAUCCGGGUCCUAUCAGUACUACUUUUCUCAUGGAAUCUCAGAUCGGUCAGGAGGAGGCUACUUCGUCGUCAACCCGGUCCUUCAAGUCGGACCAGAAAGCCACGUCCUUCCACUAGACUGCAUCACCAUCGAGACCUACCUGUCCAAAUGUCUGGGACACCUGAAUGACUGGCCGGAUAGAUUAAGAGUGUCCAAGGAGUCAGGAUACAACUUGAUCCACUUAACGCCCUUACAGACUCUGGGAGAGUCCAGGUCCUGCUACUCCUUGGCUGACCAGCUGACCUUUAACCCAGAGUUCAGUCCAGAAGGUCAGAACUACGGCUGGACCGACGUAGGGGGGCUGGUGGAGAAGAUGCGGAGGGACUGGAACAUGCUGUGUAUCACUGAUGUGGUGUAUAAUCAUACUGCGGCUAACAGUGGCUGGAUCCGAAAACAUCCCGAGUGUGGUUACAACAUGGUGAACUCUCCUCACCUGCGUCCAGCCUGGGUCUUAGACAGAGCUAUCUGGCAUUUAACCACCAGGGUGGCGGACGGACGCUACACAUCUAAAGGACUUCCUCCUGAUAUUACCAACGAUGCCCAUCUUAAUGCCAUCCGCAGCGUGUUGUGGCAGGAUGUGUAUCCAGAGAUCAAACUGUGGGAGUUCUUCCAGAUCAAGGUGGACACCGCUGUGAAUCGUUUCAGAGUCCUCCUACAGGACGGUACCAAGGCAGACCAUAGUAAGACUGGACAGAAGAAGGGUCUGAAGAUCAUCCAGGACCCAAAAUACCAUCGUUUUGGUAACACAGUGGACAUGGACUCUGCUCUGGAGACAUUUGUACCCCACAGCUCCUCUCCACAGCACAUAGAGGACUGCUGUGGCUGGUUCAAACAGAGGCUGAACGAGCUGAAUGAAGAACAAUACCACAUCGUGCACCAGCAUCAGGAGCAGGCUGCCAACUGCGUCGUGGGAAAUGUAGUAUAUGAGCGUAUGGCCGACCACGGCCCCAAACUGGGACCUGUUAACAGGAAAAACCCUCUGGUUACCAGGUAUUUCACCUUCCCAUUUCCCGAGAUGACUCUGGCUCAGGAGAUGGUCCUGAUGGACCAGCCGGACAAGUGUUGUCACUUCCUGGCUCACAACGGCUGGGUGAUGAGCGACGACCCGCUACGCAACUUUGCAGAGCCAGGUUCCAACGUGUACAUCCGUCGUGAGCUGAUCUGCUGGGGCGACAGCGUCAAACUCCGCUACGGCAACGGACCCGAGGACUGCCCGUACCUGUGGGCCCACAUGCAGAAAUACACCGAAAUCACAGCCAAAUAUUUCCACGGUGUCAGACUGGACAACUGCCACUCUACACCCUUACAUGUAGCUGAGUACAUGCUGGACGUGGCCCGAGCAGUGAAUCCUAACCUGUAUGUGGUGGCUGAGCUAUUCACCGGCAACGAGGAGCUGGAUAAUAUCUUCGUUACCAGGCUAGGGAUUUCAUCACUGAUAAGAGAGGCCAUGUCAGCUGGUGAUAGCCAUGAGGAGGGUCGCUUGGUCUAUCGUUACGGAGGAGAGCCAGUAGGAGCCAUGGUUCAGCCCAGUCUCCGCCCACUGAUGCCCUGCAUCGCCCACGCCAUGUUCCUCGACGUUACCCAUGACAACGAGUGUCCCAUACAGCUGCGUUCAGCUCUGGACUCUCUGCCCAGCUCUGCUAUUGUCUCUAUGGCCUGCUGUGCUACUGGCUCCACCAGAGGAUAUGAUGAAUUAGUACCACAUCAGAUCUCUGUGGUGAAGGAGGAGCGUUUUUACCCCAAGUGGAACCCCGCUGCACCCCCCUCCUCUGCUGGCGAGGUUGGACCUCAUACUGGCAUCAUCGCUGGGAAACUGGCACUCAACAAGCUGCACCAGGAGCUGGCUUCAAAGGGAUUCAUGCAGGUGUACGUAGACCAGGUGGAUUCAGAUAUAGUCGCAGUUACUCGUCACUGUCCCAACACCCACCAGUCUGUGGUGUCGGUGUGUAGGACGGCCUUCUGGAACCCCAAACACCACGAGUACGGCACCAGCGUCCCACCAAUGUUCAUCCCUGGGAAGAUAGAGGAAGUGGUGUUGGAGGCGAGGACAGUGGACAGGCAUGGUGGAGGCUACAAGAAGGACGGCAACUUCAUCAACGGCAUGCCAGAAUAUACAGUGGAGAUAAAAGAGCACAUACCGUUAGAGGAGAGUACACUGGUGAAGCAGGCUGGGGUGACGUCUAAAGGUAAAUCAGAGUUCGUGCAAGAAAUCUCCUUCCAGAAGUUAACACCUGGCAGCGUUAUCGCCUUCAGGGUCAGUUUGGACCCCAAAGCCCAGAAGUUGGUCGGGAUGCUGAGGUAUUUUCUGUCCCAGUUCAGCCCCAAAUACAAAAGAGGUAGUGUAGCAGAUGAGAACCCACCAGCUGCUCUGCAGAAACCACUGGCACAGCUGAUGUCCGCCCUGUCUCUGGCAGACCUGAACGUCCUGCUGUUCCGCUGUGACUCAGAGGAACAGGAGGAUGGUGGAGGCUGUUACAGCAUCCCAGGAUGGGAGACCUUAAAAUAUGCUGGACUACAAGGUCUCAUAUCAGUGCUGGCUGAUAUCCGUCCCCACAAUGACCUGGGCCAUCCUGUGUGUGAUAACCUCAGACAAGGAGACUGGCUGAUUGAGUUUGUCUCUAAUAGGCUGAUCCACAGAGGGGGACCACUGGCAGCGGUGGGUCAGUGGUUGGAAGCCAUGUUUCACUACCUGAAACACAUCCCACGUUACCUCAUCCCCUGUUACUUUGACGCCAUCCUGGUAUCAACCUACACCACGGCUCUGGAUGCAGCUUAUAAACUCAUGUCCAAUUUCGUCCAGAAAGGCUCGACCUUCGUGCGACACCUGGCGUUGGGUUCGGUCCAGAUGUGCGGCAUUGGACGCUGCGCCGCCCUGCCUCCCCUCUCCAUGAAAAUCGACGACGUCCCCUAUCGCAUCAGUCCAAUCACAAACCAGAAGGAGCAGUGCUGCGUCUCAUUGUCUGCAGGUCUUCCUCAUUUCUCUGCUGGGAUUUUCCGUUGCUGGGGCAGAGACACUUUCAUCGCUCUCAGAGGACUGAUGCUGCUCACUGGAAGACAUAUUGAGGCCCGUAACAUCAUCCUGUCCUUUGCUGGGACCUUGCGUCACGGUUUGAUCCCCAACCUGCUGGGUGAGGGUCGCUGUGCCAGAUACAACUGCCGUGAUGCUGUGUGGUGGUGGCUGCAGUGCAUCCAGGACUACGCUACCCACGUUCCCCAAGGCCAUGAAAUCCUCCGUUGCCCUGUCACACGCAUGUACCCGAAUGAUGACUGUGAGCCCUGCAAACCUGGAGAGGUGGAGCAGCCUCUGUACGACGUAAUUCAGGAGGCUCUGCAGCGCCACCUAGAGGGAAUUUCCUACAGAGAGAGAAACGCUGGAUCCAAGAUAGACAUGCACAUGAGAGAUGAAGGGUUCAACGUGGCUGUUAAGGUGGAUCCAGUGACCGGCUUUGUCAGUGGAGGAAACCGAUUUAACUGUGGCACCUGGAUGGAUAAAAUGGGAGAAAGUGACAGAGCCAGGAACAAAGGCAUGCCUGCUACACCCAGAGAUGGGGCUCCAGUGGAGAUAGUUGGUCUUAGUAAGUCAACUGUCCGCUGGGUUGUGGACCUCCAUGGCAAAGGACUGUUCCCUUACAAGGGAGCUAAAGUACACAGAGAUGGUAAAGAAGUGUUUAUCCCGUACACCCAGUGGAACGAUCAGCUCCAGCUGUCCUUCGAAGCAGGUUUCUGGGUGUCUGGGGAAGCAGGCGACCCCAACGAGAAGCACCCUGACCUGGUUCAUAAAAAAGGUAUCUAUAAGGACAGCUACGGAGCCUCCAGCCCCUGGUGCGACUAUCAACUGAGACCCAACUUCACUAUCGCCAUGACAGUGGCUCCAGAGCUGUUCACAGUAGAGAGAGCCUGGCACGCUCUGGAGGUGGCUGAGAAGAAACUACUGGGACCACUGGGAAUGAAAACACUUGAUCCUGAUGACAUGGUGUACUGUGGUGUCUAUGACAACGCACUGGACAACGACAACUACAACGUGGCGAGAGGCUUUAACUACCACCAGGGACCGGAGUGGCUUUGGCCUGUAGGUUACUUUUUGCGUGCUAAACUGUACUUCGCCAAGAAGAUGGGUAAAGAAACCUACACCAAGACUGUCACCCUGGUCAAAAAUGUUCUGUCAAGACAUUACACUCACCUGGAGAGGUCUCCAUGGAAGGGUCUGCCAGAGCUGACCAAUGAGAAUGGCCAGUACUGCCCAUUCAGCUGUGAGACCCAGGCCUGGUCUGUGGCCACAGUGCUGGAGGUCCUCUACGACCUGUAGAUGACCGUGACACGUCUGCCUCCCUGUCUUGCUAAUAUUGUACUUCCUGUUGUAGCCGUGAGAGAGAAAGAAGCUCAAUUCCAGAGCUUGAAGAUGCAGGUAGCUAGACUAGACUCUAGACUCCCAACACACACACACACACACACACACACGCACACACGCACACACGCACACACACACACACACACACACACACACACACACACACACACACACACACACACACACACACACACACACACACACACACGUCAUCAUCCUGAGAGGUUACUAUGCUGCAUUUAAGUCCCGUGGGAAAAAACUAAAAUGUUCAAGUGUUUGCGUGUUAAAGAUACCAUGAUGGAAUUAAUGUAACUUUAACAGUGUUAUCCUCAGAUUGGAAGUAGUUGAGCCAUUUUAAUACUUGACCAUUAAAUAACUAAUUAGCAAUAUUUCAGUAUCAAUAUCUGUUCUUGGUCUAUUUAAACCCAGGGUUACCUAGCACUCUUCUAAAGUAGUAUUAUAUUAUUAUAUUAGUAUUUAUUGCUGAAAGCUAAAAAUAACUGUAUUUAUCUAGGAACCUCAAAUUUCCCAUGUGACAUAAAUGCAGCAUUUUCCAGCUUGAGCCAUUACUUCAAACUUACACCAACUCCUGAGCUGAUUCAAUGUCAGUGCUCAUUUUUUUUAAAAAGUGGAACUUGAUAGAUUUUUAAACACAUUUUAAAGCACUUUGACCUCACAACCAGCAGCUUAACUAAAAGGGUCAAAAAAAAAAGAAGAGGAAAAUGUUUCUUAUUGAAUUAAAAUAACCUGCCACAGUCUGCAUUUACUGCUUGAAUCCUACCUCCUAACUGUCACAGCUCUGUCCUCAUGUCACUCGUGUCUCAACAUAAGGUCAACACACACUUACUCCAUAUUUCUGCUGUUAAAGUAUCUUUUCCUUGGUAUUGUCACUCUAUAGAGAUUCUUGAACUAACCAAGAUUUUACACAGUGGACACAUAUGCGAUAGCAACAUACAUGUUACAAGCUUAAUUGUUGUCAUAGGAAGUCUACAGUUUAGAUUCAGUUUACUGGACACACAUGACACAACUGUGCGAUUUUAGAAUUCAUUUAGAAUAACCUCCUGCAAAAAAUAGUCUUCCAGGUGUUUCCCUGUUUUCCCCACAAGCCUUAUAAUGUACUUUAAUGUUUCUAUCAUGUGCUCUGUCAUCAUUAAUCAAGCUGUGUAGUAUCAUUCAAAUAAAAGAAGCGGUUUUAGUGCAUGAACGUUGUUCUCCAAGUGCCAUGAAGCAGAACACUUCCAGUGCUUUGUGUUUUUAAGUGUCUGUAACCAAGAUGUAGAUCUCUGCUGGUGACCUUCCACUGUCUUAUAGUGAAAUAAUAGAACCGGUUAAAUAUUGUGUACCAGCUAACAGAAGUCACUGUGAUGUAUUGAACUUGUAUCACUUCUCACUUCUCACAGUCCUCUGACACACACUGCUGAUACGAUCGUAACGCAUCGUGUGGUCACUUUGAAGUCUUGUUUCUGUAAAACACUGAUGUGAUUUCAAUACUUGAUAUCCAACUGAAGCUGAGGUACGGUUACUUUGUUGAAAAGUUCAAAUAACAAGUAUAAGACAGCAGAGCAGAGCAGAGCAGUUGCCUGUUUUUAAGAUGUAGCACUUUCAGUUUUCUACUUUUCAACAAUGUGGUUUACUGACAGCCAGCAGAGCCAGUGAAGAAGCAACAUGUCCCAAAGGAUGAGUAAUCAUGUUGAGGUUAGAUGACACUUUAUGUAUCUUUUAACAGAGAUACAUCAAGUGAUAUGACAUAGAACAGUACAAAGUCUGUGAACUGAAACAUAAUGUUAGUUUUUACUUUAACAGUAUUAAAGGUUUUACUGGAUAGAUACUGGACACUUAAACGGUGUAGCCUCAUGACCCUCCCCCCACCCCCACCUCACUGUGACAUGCAUACUGUAGCCUAUGUGUGCCUGCCUUUACAUCAGUCUGUCUGUUGUCUGUAAUGUUGUUGUUCACUCUGUUUGAUUGGUGUAACUAUUGCCAUGGACAGAGCAAUGCUAAAUAAACUGUUACCUGACUUGA